AGUAAACCCGGAAACACUUGUGUACAUGGCCACCAGCUUGUGCGCCGCAAGCAUGAACGAUAUGCUGCAGUUCAUGAAACUUAUCGGACAGCUAAAGCGGGUUCCACGGACCGGCUGGGUGUACCGAAACGUAAGGGAACCGGAGAGCGUGUCGGACCACAUGUACCGGAUGUCCAUGAUGGCCCUGACCAUCACGGACACGAGCGUGAAUAAGGAGAGGUGUAUGAAGUUGGCCCUGGUCCAUGACAUGGCAGAGUGCAUUGUAGGAGAUAUCACCCCGGCUGAUAACAUCAGUAAAGCUGAAAAACACAGACGAGAAGAGGAGGCCAUGCACCAGAUCACUGGGCUGCUGCCGGAGGGACUAAAGAAGGAGAUCUACGAUCUCUGGGAGGAGUACGAGAGCCAGUGCACGAGUGAGGCCAAGCUGGUGAAAGAGUUUGACCUGCUAGAGAUGAUCCUACAGGCCCAUGAAUAUGAGCUUCUGGAGAAAACACCUGGCAGGCUGCAGGAGUUCUUUGACUCUACACAAGGUCGGUUCCACCACCCUGAUGUUCUCCAGCUGCUCCACAGUCUGAACCAGGAAAGGGCAGGUCAUCUGGCCACCGGCGCCCAGGGUGAAGAGCAUUCUGGACCUCCCCCACCCUCCUCCUCUUGAUUUCAGCAUUCUACGAUACGCUACACAGCUUACAUGUCACACCUGCGUGCAGAUGCUGCAUGUCUGGCCAGUCAUGUGUUCUCAGAACUUUGUAUUAUUGAAGGCAGCAUAAACAAGGCCCUGAUUGGCCAGAUGGGGAGAGUGAGUCACUGUAAACCACCAUCUACUUCCUGGUCUAUUCAAAAUGACAAUUUCAGACAUGCUCUCCUCAACUGGGGUGUAGUUUGUUGCAGUCAUGAAAGUGACACAUAGAGAGACACAUUCUGACAUUGAAGUUUGACAGUGCAACCCUAUCCUGACCGCUUACAAACAUACACACAUCUACCUCCAACAUAGUUAUUUUUGUACACUAGUUGUUGGACCUUUAUUUAGUUAGUAACUUGUUGCUGUGUGUUUGUUGUGCCAACCCGAUGCUUGUCUACCCUGCUGUCUCAGUUGGUGACAACUUCAUUCAGUUUGAUAAGGUAACAAUUAUUUGAAUCAACAGGAGAUAAAAUGUUGGUUUGAACAAAUAUUUUAUUAAUGUUAAGAGUUGCAGAAAACCCAACAGUUCACAAUGUCAUAACUUUAGUGGGGUACUUUUUACAUAAAUUGUUAUUACAAAUUGUUCUUAAAAACGAAAACUUUUUGGUUUGGAUGUCACUUGCAAAAUAGUGCAACUGUUCUGUUUGAUAAAACCCUAUGGGAUCAUGUCAGCCUUGUCUGCUUUUAUAAACCUGCAAAAUGCAACUUCAGCAGACCAGUUAUGUGAAGAGACCAUACAGGUAUGACAGCACAGGUAACCUUGAAUACAACCUAUGACCUGUCACAUUCACACUGAAAUGACCACUUGUUCUUGUUAAUAAUCCUUAGAAAUACUCCCAAUGUAAGAUUUGAUUGGCAGGGAUUGCAUUUCAUGUUAAUAUUAUAGUGUUAAUAAAGGACAUUAUAGUUCAGGCCCCUACCCCACAGUGCAGAGUACACCUUUUGCAGGUGACAGUUCAAGUAUUAGUACGUAACAUUACCUUUGACCCCUGCAUGAUCCCCUAUGACCCAGCGAUGAUGACACUGGCCUCUCAUUGGGCAUUUCUUAAAAACACGUACAAAUAAAAGUCAGUAGCUCUUCUAAAGGUAAUAAAACAGUUUGACUGUUAUAAAAAUCAUGUUUUGAUUAAGUACAAGUAUAUCUGCACUGCUAAACAUGUACACUAGGUAGGUGUCUGCUAUAGCAGGGCAGACUGACAGACUGUUUGAAAUACAGGGACAGGAGAAUAGAAAACAGCUCUGAGUGUGUAUGGCCCAGGUUCCCAGACAGGAAUUAUGCCUAGUCCUAAAGUCAUUCAAUGAAGAUCUGCAUUGGAGAAGUUUGAGGCUAGGACCAAGCUUCAUCCAUGUCUGGGAAACUGGGCCUAAAUGUUUUUUUUUCAGAGCAGCCAGUACAGUGUCACCUGAAGGCCAGAGGGAGGCAGCAGACAGCUGGAUCUGAAUAGCGCAGGGAUCAGGGGAAAGCCUGAGGUCUCCGUGGUUACGUUCCUGUGACUGUUCUACAGUCAGCUCCUCCCUACAUCCGAAUAUUGUUCUAAUACAGGUCUGUUUGAUUUACCACCAAUCCGCACUUUCAGGAUUAUUCUACUGGCCUCACUCUACUGUGUGACAUAAAUCAACUGUACCUCAUGUGUUUUUGAAGUCUGAUAGUCCUACAGUGUGACCAAGUUGUGUCUGAGCUACAGAAUGUAUGUUGGUCCUAGCUAAGAGUAAAGAGGGAACCAGCUCUGGCACUUUCACCAUCUGAAAUCAGAUGGUGAAAGUUUAAAAA